AGCAUCCUCCCGCUGGGACCCACUAGCAGCGACACAUCCAGCCGUUCCGUUUUCUCGCCAGCUCGAAGGUAAACACACACACAAAACAAAAAGAAAAGAAAAGAAAUUAACAGUUCAAAAAGGCAAGGGAAAAAGAGCGAAACGCUAUAAAAACGCGACCACCGCCUCCGUCUCCGCCUCCUCCCAGCCCCCGAGACGACGAAGCCGACCAAAAGUAAGCAACGCCGCCGACCCCUCGAGUAGGGGUGAAACAAGGCAAAGGGAGAGUAAUGUGGCGUCGCUGCAUUUGUUGUCAAGCCGCUGAGUUUGAUGAGAAUGAAAAUGGGCGUGCCAAGGCCAAGGCCCCAACAAAUAACGUAGAUGGAAUGAAAAAGGGUUUGAAAGAUUCUGCUACUGUGAAAGCCGAGCCACAAGAUUCAGCUCCCUCUAUCAAUAUUCCUGUUCUAUCUUUGGAUGAAUUAAUAGAAAAGACUGAUGAUUUUGGGGCAAAGGCUUUAAUAGGCGAAGGGUCUUAUGGGAGAGUGUACUACGCUGCCCUUGAUAAUGGGACAAAAAUGGCAGUGAAGAAACUUGAUGCUACUGAAAAUGAGCCCAUAUCAGAAUUCUCGACUCAGGUUUCCUUGGUUUCAAGAUUGAAACAUGAAAACUUCGUAGAUAUAUUGGGAUACUGUAUGGAGCGUAACCUUCGCAUAGUAGCCUAUGAAUUUGCCACCAUGGGGUCUCUGCAUGAUGUUCUACAUGGAAGAAAAGGAGUACAAGGUGCACAACCUGGUCCACCACUUAAUUGGAUGCAGCGAAUGAAAAUUGCUGUUGAUGCUGCCAAAGGACUUGAAUAUCUGCACGAGAAGGUCCAGCCUUCUAUUGUACAUAGAGAUGUUAGAUCCAGCAACAUCCUCUUAUUUGAGGACUUCAAGGCCAAGAUUGCAGACUUCAAUCUUUCAAAUCAGGCUCCAGAUAUGGCUGCUCGGUUGCAUUCUACUCGUGUGUUGGGAACCUUCGGUUAUCAUGCCCCAGAGUACGCAAUGACUGGUCAGCUGACCCAGAAGAGUGAUGUGUAUAGUUUUGGGGUUGUUCUCUUGGAACUUCUGACAGGAAGAAAGCCUGUGGACCAUACAGCGCCUCGAGGGCAGCAGAGCUUGGUUACAUGGGCUACACCAAGAUUAACCGAAGACAAGGUGAAGGGUUGCAUAGAUCCCCGGUUGGAGGGUGAAUAUCCGCCAAAGGGACUUGCAAAGCUUGGGGCGGUAGCAGCUCUGUGUGUGCAAUAUGAAGCCGAGUUCCGUCCAAGCAUGAGCAUUGUGGUGAAGGCUUUAUCUCCCCUUACCUUGAGCAGGCAAACUCCACCUGCACCAGCAGCAGCUCUGGACAGUUGAUCCACAGAAUUAACCAAAGAAAUAAGAUACCUCUUUAACUGAAGAUGGCCUGCACGAAGAUAGUCCGUCCGCUUGCCUCAUGCUGCUAUCUCUUUUACCGAAAGCUGAUGAUGAUAUGCAAGUCAAGAAGAUAUGAGGAAAUUGGAGCCUUGUCAGAUCACUUUAUAACUAACUAAAUUAAGACGUGUGGCUUUGGUGGAACACAGAGACGUCCUUUUCUAGUAGUAUAUCUCUAAAACUUGGGAAUUAUCUGUAGAGAACAAUAUCUGCAUUUUUCACAUUCGUUGAGGGUGGAUUGUAGAACUUCCUGUCGUGCUACUUCUGGCCUAACUAUAGGGACGAAAUACCUUUCUUA